AUGAAGGAUUUGGUCAUGGCUGGUAACGGUGUCCUGCAUGGUCACAUUCAUAAAUUAAAUAAUCUGACCUAUAUUCAUGGGCAUAUCCAUCACACUAAAGAAAACGACGUUAAAGCGGAAUCAGAUUAUUAUUCAAAUGAUAACAAUACUGAAACAACUGGUAUAGAAAGAAGUAGUAGCGAUAUAGAGGGGGCUAAUACUCGAGUAGACACUAUCAACAGUUUCUUAGAAGAAGACAAUGGAGUUUGUGGUUUAAACAAGAACUUCAUUGAUUGUAAACAUUUUGAAUUUAUUAAUUAUGACACUGAGUAUAGUAAAUUAAACAAUAUAAAUAACUCUACUGUUAACAGCAACUGGGCUUCGCAGUUGUUCAAUGAUCAACUUGUCAUGCCUCCGAAUAAGAGAAGAAAGUUUGAAGAGAUCAAAGAAGAAGAAGACACAUCUAUGAAGAUGUGCAAUGAUUGUAAUCCUAAAGUUUUAGAAGUAUGUUGUGAAUUUGAACAUAAUAAAACAGAAAAUCUUCGGGACAAUUCGCUUAAUCCAACAGACUUUAUAGAAUCUAGAAAUCAUGAUAGUGUUAAUGGAAAAUCGAUAAAAAGAGAAAAAUCCAUGGGAUCUAAUAAUUUGGAUUUAGAUAUUUAUACGGAAUCAUUGAAUCUCUUAAAUAAAGACAAAUUGGAUCCGUUUUUUGAUACAAGAUCAAUUAAUGAUUUUAAUGCGGAUAAUCACUUAAUAAAGCAGAAAACUAUGGAGAACAUCUCCAUACCCGAUCUAAGCUGCAAUCUGACCUGUGAAACUGCUUGCACAUUUCAAAAUAAGAAUGAUGCUUAUAACAAUAAUGUUUACCUGGACACUACGAAAGUCAGAGAAAAUUAUGAAGAGUUAUAUCCAAAUAUAACUAAACCUCUUGGAUCAACGGACUUACAUAAGAAAGAUUGCCACGACCACAUAGUAAACUCGGAAGCUGACUUGAAAAUACUUCAAGAUUUAUGUGACAUAUCUUCUAUUUAUAGUUUACCAUUUACAAAACACUCCAUGCAUGACUCAGAAAAUGACCAUCAUCAAUAUGAGCACACAAAAGAAGAAUUGGAGAAUCAUUACCACUCUAGUCACCAUGAGCAUCAUCACCACUUUGUUAAUUUCCACUCUCAUUCCUUAUUAAAAGAAGGAAGGAAUGAUUUGAUUGAAAAUAACAACGGUAUACGUUCACAAUAUAAUAACUUUAGACAAAUAAAUCAAUUCCUUCCAGGGAAACCUCAAAACAAAGAUCAUUUAAGUUAUGAAAGGCUUAAAAGUUGGCCGAACGCAGUUAAUCCAUCUACAUUUCAUCAUCACGUACAAAACUACAACCUUCAACCUAAUGAUGAUAGUGAAAGUGAUAUAAUCAAUAGCGAUACAAUAAAAACAGCAUCAGAACUAAGUACAAUUGAUUUUAAUUGGAACUUUAAUACCCCGUCUGAAUCAAAGUAUUAUUCUAUUCAAUGCAAAUGGAAUAAUUGUGGUGAGACCUUCGCUAGUCUUGUCGAUUUACAAAAGCAUUUAAUAUACGAACAUGUAUCAAAGGAAGAUUAUCAAAAUAUAUCGUUGGAUAAAGAUGAAGUUAUUUGUAACUGGAAGGAUUGCGAGUUUGAAGGUGAGGAUAUUUGUUCUUUAUUAAGCCAUAUAAACAGGAAACAUGGUAUUAAUUUUGACAUGAAAUUUAUUAACCUGUACGACACAGAAGAUAAAAAAAAAAAUAAAGGUAAUAGUAACUCACCUAAUAGUCUCAAUAUACCCACCCCAACUUCAACCUCUAUUGAAUAUAGCUCUCCUAAUGGUAAAAAUGAUUCUUUAUGUAAAUGGGAUAAGUGUGGGAAAUUGUUCGAAAAUGAAGAGAUGCUUAACAAUCAUGUUGAAAAAACCCAUUUAUUAUCUAGACAAUCAGAGUAUUACUGUAAAUGGGAAAACUGUGAUCGUAGAUUUACUCAGAAACAGAAAUUAGUAAGGCAUCUCAGAGUUCAUACCCAUUAUAAACCUUUCACAUGCAAAACUUGUGGUAAAAACUUCUCCAAUCAAGAAAUACUAAUUCAACAUCAAAGAGUUCAUUCGGGGGAAAAACCUUAUAAAUGUGAUAUGUGUGGAAAUUCUUUUUCCAGUGCUAGCUCAUUGAAAGUACAUAAAAGAACACACACUGGUGAAAAACCAUUAUCAUGUAACGUUUGCGGAAAAAGAUUCAAUUCUUCUUCAAACUUAAGCAAACAUGUUAAGACUCAUAAAAAGCAGUAUAAAUGUCCAAAGUGUCUGAAGAGUUACGACAGUGAAGUGAAGUUGAUAUCACAUGCUAAAAGAUGCAAAUGA